AAAUGACGGCUUUCCCAGCAAGCGGCCAUAGACCAGGUUCUCGUACAAAUGCGUAUAAGGAUAAAAGCAAACCAACCGAUAUUCGAACCAGUAAUAUUAAUGCUGCGAAAGCGGUUAGCGAUGCAGUUCGUACCAGUUUAGGUCCUAGAGGAAUGGAUAAAAUGAUCCAAGCUGCUAAUGGCGAAGUUACAAUUACAAAUGAUGGUGCUACAAUCCUAAAAGAAAUGAAUGUUGUACAUCCUGCAGCAAAAAUGUUAGUUGAAUUAUCAAAAGCACAAGAUAUUGAAGCUGGAGAUGGUACUACCAGUGUUGUUAUAAUGGCUGGCUCUCUUCUGGAAGCUGCAGAACGUUUGUUACAGAAAGGGAUACAUCCUACUUUGAUCAGUGAUGCAUUUCAAAAGGCUGCAGCUGAAGCUGUGCAAAUAUUAACAAAUAUGUCUAUUCCUGUUGACUUGAGGGAUGAACAGUCGCUAAUUAGGGCUGCUGCAACUGCACUUAACUCAAAAGUUGUCUUUCAACAAUCAAGUCUUCUGGCACCAUUGGCUGUUAAUGCAGUAUUAAAAAUUACCGAAGAAGGAAAGGAGAACAGUGUUGAUCUUAAUAAUAUAAAAGUCAUAAAAAAGUUAGGCGGCACUGUCGAAGAUACUGAACUGAUAGAAGGAUUAAUAUUUACUCAAAAAUCUUGUAAUAUUAAUGGACCGAGGCGCAUCGAAAAAGCAAAAAUAGGUUUAAUUCAGUUUUGUAUUUCUCCGCCUAAAACGGAUAUGGAUCACAACGUAGUCGUAUCCGAUUACGCUGCAAUGGAUCGUGUUUUAAAAGAAGAAAGAGCUUACAUAUUAAAUAUUGUAAAACAAAUUAAAAAAGCUGGCUGUAAUGUACUCCUCGUACAAAAAUCGAUUCUCCGCGAUGCUGUCAGUGACCUGGCUAUUCAUUUUCUGGAUAAAAUCAAAGUCAUGGUGAUCAAAGAUAUUGAACGCGAAGAUAUUCCAUUUAUUUGUAAAACAUUAAAUUGCAGACCCAUUGCCUCGCUGGAUCAUUUCGUUCCUGAAAAUCUCGUUAACGCAGAACUGUGCGAAGAGGUACAAACUGGAAAUUCUAAGUUUGUUAAGAUUACUAAAAUCCAAAAUCCUGGACCUACGGUAACAGUACUUGUGCGUGGCAGCAACAAACUGGUUUUAGAAGAAGCAGAUCGAUCGCUGCACGAUGCAUUAUGCGUAGUUCGUUGUUUAGUAAAACAAAAAGCUCUGAUUGCUGGUGGAGGAGCGCCUGAGAUUGAACUCGCAUUAAAACUUGUACCGUAUGCUCAGACAUUAGGUGGUGUUGAUGCUUAUUGCAUUAAAGGAUUUGCAAAUGCAUUUGAGAUCAUCCCAUCGACGCUGGCAGAAAAUGCAGGAUUAAAUCCUAUCGCGACUGUAACAGAACUUCGAAAUCGACACGCUAAAGGAGAACAUACUACAGGUAUUAAUGUACGAAAGGGAACGAUUACCAACAUUUUGGAGGAAAAUGUGAUACAACCAUUAUUAGUUUCUACAAGUGCUAUUACACUUGCUUCAGAAACUGUGCGCAGUAUAUUAAAGAUCGAUGAUAUCAUAAAUACCAAUCAGUAAUUAUAAUGAACACAGAGGAUUUGCACUUAAAGCUUUUUUCAAAUUUGUGUUGAUCACGUGAUAUCAGGUAUAGUUUUCAGUUUGAUUAGCUUUCCAUAUGUUUGCAAUUUACUAAACCAAUUAAAUCGAAUUAUUUAAUGUUCAGAAUUCUUAUUCCUAAUAAAAUUAAUCUGCUUAUGUAAAAAAUCUGUUUCACUACCUUUAAGAAUCUACUUCAUAGUAGAAGAUACGAACAAAUUUGAUUAAAAAAUAAAAUUCACACGAUUAUAAAAAAUUA